UUGUUCUAGAUAAAGACGGGAACGGAAGCCAGGUGGGCAUGUUGUUUCGUUAAAAUAUCAUUUUGUUGGCUUUUAAAGUUCACAGAGCCCAAGAAAAAGAGGGAAUGUGUGAACUGCAGAAACUAUCUGCGUAGAAGGAAGGGAAUGUUUUCAGCUUGUUCUCUUCCGCCUUUUUCCAGAGCAAGUUGGGGAAGGUUCUUGGGUGUUUCUGCCAGUCGCACUUGUGUUUUUGUAACAUUUCAGGAUCCAAGGAAGGGAAAGCUUUCUAAUACAAAAUUUUCACAUACUUCUGCAACUUGUGCAUACUGGAGAUCAUCACCUGUGUCACUUGAUCUCAGACUUAGCUUCAAGAAGUCUGAAAACCAAGUAUUGAGUACUUUCCAAGCAUUGUUUUUUAAGGAACGUAAGUUGGUAAGAGGAAUGGCCUCUCAAGAACCUCCACAUGAACCAUUAAGCACAGAUGAAACAAGUCCAUCAACACUCUAUCUUACAGUUAAUGGGAAUUCAGUUGAAGUCGUAGCAGCUCCUGGAGUAACAGAUUCGGAGUUAAGGAAAGCGUUUGAUUCUAUUUUAUUCAAGCAAUGGGAAAAGAAUAUGCAAAGUGAGAGAGGCAUUCUGAUGCUUAAUAGAUGCUCUCUAAAUAAAGUACUGAUUCAGGGAGUAGACAUGUUUGGAGAACGUGUUGGGUUUCUGAAGUUCAAGGCUGAGGUUGUGGAUAAAGAAACAGGAUCAAAGCUUCCAGGUAUUGUGUUUGCUCGAGGUGGGGCAGUUGCUGUCUUGAUGAUCUUGGAUUGUGGCAGGGAGUCUUUUGUAGUGCUCACAGAGCAGGCAAGAGUUCCUGUUGGGAAAACAAUUCUUGAGCUGCCAGCUGGUAUGCUCGAUGAUGAUAAAGGAGACUUUGUGGGCACUGCUGCUCGUGAGGUUGAAGAAGAAACUGGAAUACAUGUGAAUUUGAAAGAUCUAGUUAACCUUACUGCUUUUCUGGAUCCUUCAACAGGCAACAAGAUGUUUCCUUCUCCGGGUGGAUGUGAUGAAGAAAUCUCUUUAUUAUUGUAUAGGACCCAUGUGAAAAAAGAGGUUAUAGACGCUUUGCAUGGGCAAGAAACAGGCCUUCGUGAUCACGGUGAAUUAAUAAAAUUGCAUGUAGUACCCUAUACAACACUUUGGCGUGUAACUGCAGAUGCAAAGGCUCUUGCUGCAAUUACAUUAUAUGAAAUGGCCAAGAGAGAAGGUCUUUUGCCUCAAUAGAAUACAAUUGAGUUGCCCGGUUUAUGGUUGUGUAUUGGGCCACAUAAUCCUUUUGUGAAUGUAACGUGAUAGAUACCCUAUUAAUAUUUUUUUGCGUAUCUAUGAAGCUGUUGAUUGGUGCAUUCUUGUCUAUACAUUUUUUAUUUAGUUGAAUAUUGACGGGAAGACACAAUGAAACAUGACAACAUAGUGAUAUUAUAUAAACCGUGAAUUAUUUCUGAAGAUAUCUCAUUCUGAAUUUUCA